CAAUGAGCGCUAUAGGAUCCCAUUUGAUAUACAGCAUACAAUCCUUGAGCACUAACAAACCAGCUACCGUUCUCAAUGUCUCAGCUUCUAACCACGAUAGCUGCCUGUCCAUUACUCCGGAUAUCCUUUGCGCCGCCUUGUUCCAGUGCCUAUCCUGUGCCUAACCCUGCUUGUUGGUGGCACUGAUUGGGAGCCCUUUUCGUCAGGCUACUGCUAAUACAAACAGGCCCGGCCUCGCUAAAUACGAUGUAAACACGAGCGUGGUGGAGGCUGCUGCUGGCCCCUCACGUGCAGGUCUGCGUUGCCCCGACCCACACGGAGAGAUGGACGUCAACAGGACCAGCGGGGACAAGGAGGAGGAUGAGGAGGAAGAGAGUGUGAAGGUGUUGAGCGAGGCGCGCCACUUGGAGGCCAUCACGGCGCCCAACACGGCAGCCCAUUCCUGGAGACUGAAGGAGCGGAUGAAGACGGUGAGUGUGGCUUUGGUGCUGUGCCUCAACAUUCCUGUGGAUCCACCAGAUGUUGUCAAGACUCAGCCAUGUGCACGCUUGGAGGCUUGGAUCGAUCCACACUCCACGCCUCCAAAUAAAGCCAUUGAGGCAAUCGGCAAUAGCCUGCAGAAGGCUUAUGAGCGAUGGCAGCCCAGGGCACGCUACAAACAGUCCCUUGAUCCCACAGUGGAGGAAGUAAAGAAACUGUGCAUGUCUUUAAGAAGGAAUGCCAAGGAAGAGCGUGUCCUAUUUCACUACAAUGGCCAUGGGGUGCCUAAGCCAACAACAAAUGGAGAAAUUUGGGUCUUUAAUAAGACUUACACACAGUAUAUUCCACUGUCCAUCUAUGAACUCCAGACAUGGAUGGGAGCACCUUCAAUAUAUGUAUACGAUUGCUCAAAUGCAGCUGUCAUAGUUCGUCUUUUUGAGCAGUUUGCUGAGCAGCACGAGGAAGAAUGGAGGAGAGGAAACAAUGGUGGUGGUAAUAAUACCAGCUCCAGCCCUGCCCCGCCCUCCUUUAGGCAGUGUAUCCAGCUUGGAGCAUGUGAGGCAAGGGAAAUAUUGCCGAUGAAUCCCGAUCUGCCUGCUGAUGUGUUUUCAGCCUGUCUCACUACUCCUAUCAGUAUGGCUGUGCGUUGGCACCUCCUCCACAAUAAAGGCAAACUGUUGCAGAGGGUCAACCUUGAUGAUGCAGAUAAGAUUCCAGGGCAGCUCAGUGACCGACGCACCUUGCUGGGGGAACUCAACUGGAUCUUCACAGCAAUCACAGAUACCAUAGCCUGGAACACACUGCCCCGUGACCUUUUUCAAAAGCUCUUCCGCCAGGACUUGUUGGUUGCAAGUCUGUUUCGUAACUUUCUCUUGGCUCAGCGAAUCAUGAGGUCAUAUGAUUGCACUCCGGUGUCCUCCCCCAAGCUGCCUCCAACACACCAGCAUCCCAUGUGGGUUGCGUGGGACCUUGCGCUCGAGCUGUGUCUUGAUCAGAUGCCUCUGGUGCUCAGUACAGAUGACCCCUACUCACAUGUGCACUCACCCUUCUUUGAGGAGCAGCUAACUGCCUUUCAAGUGUGGCUGGACCUGGGCCAUGAGCGUCGCCACUCUCCAGAGCAACUUCCUAUUGUUCUCCAGGUCUUACUCAGUCAAGUUCAUCGUCCACGAGCACUGGAACUGUUAGGAAGCUUCUUGGCAUUAGGUCCCUGGGCAGUGAACCUGGUCUUGUCAGUGGGCAUCUUCCCUUAUGUUUUACGGCUGCUUCAGUCCACUGCCAGGGAGCUGCGGCCUCUUCUUGUGUUCUUGUGGGCCAAGAUUUUGGCUGUUGACCCGAGCUGUAAAGGGGACCUGGUACGUGAGAAUGGCUACAAGUACUUCCUACAGGUUCUGUCUGACACAUCAAUGCCGGCUGAACACCGGACCAUGGCAGCAUUCAUCCUUGGUGUGAUAGUAUGGGAGCAUCCUGAAGGGCAGCGGGUGGCCCUGCAGGGUUGCCUUAUGCCUCUUUGCCUUGAACAAGUCAGUGAUCCCCACCCUCCUCUGCGACAAUGGGCCACAAUAUGCUUGGGCCGCACGUGGCAUCACCAUCCUGAUGCUCGUUGGGCUGCCACCAGAGAUAAUGCCCAUGAGAAGCUGUUUACCCUGUUGACUGACCCUGUGCCUGAGGUGCGAGGAGCUGCAGUGUUUUCGUUGGGCACUUUCAUCAGCAGCAUAGCAUCUCGAGACAGAAGUGACCAUGCCCGCCUCAUAGACCAGACCGUCGCCAUCACCCUUGCAACCACCGUCACUCAUGAUGGGUCUCCUCUAGUCAGGCAGGAGCUGGUGGUUGCCUUACAGUACUUUGUUCAAACAUACGAGAGCGCCUUCUUGAGUGUGGCCCACCAGUACUUCAUGGAUGAGUCUGGCAGUGACUUGUCUCCUCAGUCACCAGCCUCCUCUAUGGACAGCAUCCUCAUGUCUCCCUCCAACAGUCUAAGUCGCAAGUUCUCACGCCACAACAAUAAGUACAUUUCCUCUCCUGGCCAGGGCUUAGGGUCCAGUCCAGACUCCUCACUCUCAGAUGUCUACAACUCUCCCAUGGGGGUGAAGCGGGCAGCCUCCACACACUCCAUCUCCUCCAUUGGGUCCGGGGGAAUGUUGAGUGGAGGCGUGAGCAGCUUGUCCUAUAGUGGAAUGUAUCUGAAGUUAUGGAAUGCCCUAAUCACUCUGCAGCAUGACCCCUUCCCUGCCGUGGCAAACUUGUCAAACACCCUGAUACAACAUAUUCGCUCAAAGAUCAAGAGCGGCGGGAAAGAGGUAUCUGAGCAGCGUGUAGAGUCAGCCCCUGGGACUCCUGUCAACAAGCCCAUGUUUAUUGUGGGAGAGUCUCCACCCUCACACCACCACCUGGACCCCAUGCCCUCCCGCACACGGUCCAGGAAUCACCACAACCAUAGUGAAGAGGGAGAGAGCACCUUCUUGAAGCCAUUGGUUACGACAGAGUUUGUGGAGUGGAGUGCCACAACCUUCAUACUCCCUCGACAGAAAUCUUCAGAACUAAACUCUGCCUCCUCUCCCCUUCAUUCAUACUCAUGCAGUAGGUCAGCCAAUUCCCGACUGUUGGGAGAGUUUGAAGAGCGACGAAGCGUUGGCACCAACAAGCUUGAUGAUCAGGUGUUUGUGCACCGAAACCCAGGCCCCCCAGCUGUUCUCCUCUUCCACCCAAUUGAUCCUCUGCUGACAGUGGCUGACAAGACCAAUGUAACGGUGUGGGAUGUAGAACGCAACCAGCGAGUCACUCACUGGAUGAACAACAAUGGAGGCUCCAGCUGCAUCUCCUCCCUGGCUGUGCUGAAUGCUGGCACACCCCAAACACUAGUCACCACAGGUUGUGAUGAUGGCAGUGUCCGGGUGUGGCGAGGGGUAUUCCAGGAACAGGCCGCACCUUCUAGCCCCCAAGAAACUACACCGUCUCUUCUUACUGCCUUCCAGGCAUCAACAGAUGUAAAUCCUGCCACCAGAAGUGUUGGACUGUUAAUGAGCUGGGAGCAAGACACAACAACCCUGGUGGUGGGCGGGGAUUCUCGCACCAUAAGGCUGUGGGACAUAAAGGCUGAACGACGCACCUCAGAACUGCCCACAGGCGGGGACAGCUCCUCCAUUGUGACGGCUCUCCACUCACAUCAAGCAGGGCCAUGGAUAGUUGCUGGUUUCUCCGAUGGAUAUGUGCGUGUGUUGGACAGGCGACUGCCCAGCAACAAGACGGUGGUGCGGCAGUGGCGUGAGCACACCUCAUGGGUGAUCAGCACUCACCUCCUCAAUGCUUCGCAGGCUACCACUAAGAUCAUAACAGGAGUAGUGUCAGGAGAGGUUCGUCUCUGGGAUAUGAGGCAAGCCAACUCAGUUCAAGUGUGUGCACCCCACCAUGAAAUGACUGCCAUGGCCACUCAUGCUAACGCUCAUCUCUUCGCCACGGGGUCAGUGGAGCAGGUCAUUGGCGUCCACCAUGCCAGUGGCUCCUGUGUCAACACCAUUAAGUACCACGAGGGGUUCAUGGGUACCCGCAUUGCUCCCGUCUCCUGCCUGGCCUUCCACCCUCGACGUGUCUUGCUGGCAGCUGGCACCACUGACACCUACAUCACUGUGUAUGGCUUGUCACACAGAUAGUAUCAUCAAAGGUGUGUUCCUCUGCCCAUUCCCUGAUCAUUUUUGAGGCAGGGUAUGGGCUGCCUGCUGCUGACUUAUACUUAAGACAAAAAUAAUUUUGCCAUAUUUCAUAUUUAUGUCCCAAUUCCCUUUUAGAGUUUUGUGCUUUUUAAAGGAAUGUAAUUUUAGGUGUUACCUCCCAAACCCAAUGCCUGGUGGUGGCAUGUCCUGCCCUAUGGUAUACUAAGAAGUAUACCGUUGUGUUAUUCCUGUGGUGUUGUUUCAGGACUAUUGUUAAUGAGGCUACUGUGACUGAUAUGUUUGCACAACCAAGCUCAAUGGCUGCUAUUAUUGUUGCAGUAUAUAGGUAAUCUUAGAGGCAGGAUAGGUAAGUUAGUCAGUAUAGCCAUGAACAGAAGCAAUCACAAAAGUCAGGUGAUGUUAAUUUGGAAUGUACAAUCAGUCAUACACCAACUGUUUAUUUUUGGCAUCCAUCCAGCCUCUAUUUAAAACAAACAAGUUGUCUAAUAGUAUGUACGGAGAAUGACUAUGAUCGAGAAACUCUACUUCUCUUACACAACAACUAUUUCAUUGCGGGCACACUGGUGCCUCAGGGUCUGUGUGAAAUGUGUGGCCUUAUUUUCUCUCCUAUUCAUAUCAUUUCAAUUUUUGUACAUUAAUUUGUCUCUAUACUCUGCAUCCUUAUGCUGUAGAUUGUUUGCAGGUAUAACAAGGAAAUGGUAAGUUUUAGUGUUAUAAUAAUAAUUUAUUUCUAUGAAAUGGCAUUAUGGCUUCUAAAGGUAUUUCAGAAUGGUAGGAUAUAGAAAGACAAUUAUAUAAAUUUACAAUGGGUUCACUAGUUUGACAAUUGACAAACCUAAUGGACAAACCAAUAUUUUUCAUCUUCAGCUUUCUUAUAAUCAUAGACCUGGUCUCAUCUGUCAUGUUGAAAAAAUACUCAGGAAGUUUUUUAUUCUUAAGGAAAAUCUGUGGAUGAUACAUUUGCAGAAACUACACACCAAAAUACUUUGCACUUGUGAUUAAUGCUCGCUGAUAACACCUCAGCAUGACAGUACAGGAAUUGUAUGACACUUCCCUCAGCACAAAUGGCUGCAGCACCUCAGGUCCAUUACAUCAUGGUAACCUCACCCCAAAACAUUUCAGGCUUAAGAACUUUAUCCAUUUCAAUAGUGUCAUUAACAUCAUCCACACUCAUGAGUAAUUGCUGACUAAACUAGUUCUCUACAGAUCCGAUAACUCUUCAUCAGUAUUUUGUAGGCAGGGAGAUGGGCAUUGAACAUAUUUCUACAAUGACUAAAUACUCAGUCUAGUUGAAUACUGAACCACUCACGAUGAUGAAAAUAACCCUUCCAUUCAUUCAUUUAUUCUUUAAGAUAUGCUAGUGUUAUCAGGGAGUCAUCAUUGAUAGCUUGCCAGGGUUCAGAACUUCACAUUCCUCUGCCUCUUAUUCUGCAUUUUCCAGAUAGUGAAAACAUUCCGUCAAGAGUUGAUUGAACUUGCUUGAAAGUCAGAAAAUUCUAGGUAAGGCAUGGAAUACACUGAUGAAACUCACAUUUACCCAAAGUUUCAAGAUAGAGCAUGUAAUAGUAAUAAUAAUAGUAAUACUAAAUAUUAACUAAAAUUAUUAUAUAUUAUUUUCUUACUAUUAUAAUCAUUGUUAUUAUGAUCAUUAUCAGUUAAGCCACAUUUUCUCUACUUUAUUGAUCAUGGUAGGGGCAUGUUGUCUCAGCUGUUUACCUCUUCCUGGCUAUUUAAACAACCAUUGAGUUGUGUUACAGUUAGUGCAUGUGUAUUGGCUACCGUGUUAGUUACAGUAAGACAGGGAUGGCAUGUAUUGGGGGGAAGGUUCAGUUUUCAAUGUGGUGAGCAACAGACUAGUGAGAGGAAGGUCCUGUGGUCCUGGAAGCCUGGUGUUUGUUGUCCUUUGUGAAUCAUUGAGAUGCCACACUAUACAAGGGGCUUUUUUAUUUUACUACCCAUGGUGCACACAUUACUCAGUACAUUUUCAACAUAUUCAUAAUCUUUUCUCAUUAUUUAUUUUUUCCUUAAAUUUAUGCAGCAGUGUUUUGAGUCUUGAGACAGGCAAGGCCUUACACCAGACAGCUGUGGUGAGAACUUUUCUAUCUUCUGCUAAACUGGUAAAUUGCCAACCAAAACGCUGACAAACAGGUGAACCCACUGUAUUUUAACCGUUCGUGACACAAUGUAUACAUCAUUAGAUAGUAGUGGGCAAGAAUUUUAAUAUUGCAUAACUCAAAUUUUAAAUUUUUCUUUUUGUUUUGAUAGUUAUAUUUUUUCUGUGUGCCUGCAUGUGUGUGUAUGUGUGUGUGUCUGUGUGUGUGUGUGUGUGUGUGUGUGUGUAUUAUAAAGCUAAAAUUUGUGGUUAUUUGAAGAAGUACUAAUGUGUUUGUUAAAGGUUAAAAUUUCCUCUUAUUUCAGUUAGAAUUUUGAGAGUAAUAUAAAUGCCUAUGUGACUUCUAAGGAAGAUUUAAAAAAAUGAUAGGGAUAUAUGCAUGAACUGUAUCCAAAAUUAGAAUCAAUUGUAAAAUGUAGUCUCCCUUCCCAUACUGAAAAACAGUAGAUUAAAAGGUUGCAAUUUCUUACUAACGUAAUCCUUUCAGUAGAUAAAUAUUUGCUGUGUUAAGCAAAAACUAUAUUGGAGAAAAUCUGAAAGUGAUCCCAAAGUGCCUGUGUCAUGAGAGUAUUUCCUUGUAUCAAUGAGUGCUGAGGUAGUUUCGUAGGUGACUAAGUGGGGGUUGAAACAUCCUAAGUGUGAUGGAUCUUCAUUGUGGAAGAGGUUGGAACCAAACCACUUGGGGCUAUAAAGUGCUAAGAACCAUGUCCAUCUUGAAAUUUGACAGAUAAUACAAUAGUAGAAGUCAACCAGACUAUUAUAAAUACCAAGAUUUAUCACCAAGUGAAUAUAUAUUACAGGUUGUGGGUUGAAUUUUAAGACAUUUCUAAAUAAUUUUAAAGAAUCAGUCCUUUUGACUGAUUUUAUAUCUCUUGGCCAAGGCCAAUUGCCAGAAUUUUCAUGGAUCAGACUUUUGGAAAUGUGGUCCAUCAGUUAUAUAAAUGAAGAAGAAUGUCACAGGCAAGUUCGUGGAAACAUGGUAGAUAACGCCUUCCAUUUCAUUUUUAUAUAUGAUUAUCAGUUGUUGCUUUUAUAAAACUACUUUUUGGAGGAUGUGAUAAUAUGUAUGUUAUUUUUAAGUUGCUGAAAUUUCCUAUGGAACUUCAUUCCCUUUUCUCAUACCCUAUGUAGAUUUGUGGUCAAUGGUUCUGGCAGAUUUGGUUAGGGGACGCAGUGCCCACACAUACUGCAGGGCUGAUUAGAGGAAUGGUAGUUCUUAACCCCUUCACUCUGGCAACGCCGACGUUGGCGUCCGACGGUGUCACGGAUAGAAAGGGUUAAUUUGUCAAAGGACACUGAACAUCAGGAAGUCAUGCAUAUUAUCAACCUUACUGAUUUUGAUUCUCAUUAAUUCAGGGAUAAAUCUGCAUCUUCAUGUUUAUUCGUUUCUUGCAAACUUAAAACCCAGCAGCUUAUCAAAACACUGAAAUAUACAGGAAGGCAAACAGUAGAUGUCUCACUACUAUUUUAAGGUCAAUAUGCUAUACAAUAUAAAUUUAUUGAAGGAUGUGGAUAUAAAGAGGCACUCUCUUGUAUUGACUUUACUGUUGCGUGGCAGUGGUGCCAUUUUACAGUGUGGGAUGGAUAAGUGUUUGAUCAUAUCUGUGAUAGCAAUACUGAACUGUCUUCAUACAUCCAAAAAUUUACAUGUACAGCCACUCUUGCCUCAUAAAACUUAAUUCAUUGAAAAAAUAAAAUAAUUUCUCAUAACAUUAAUAAUAAUAAUAAUAAUAAUAAUGAUAAUAAUAAUAAUAAUAAUGAGUAAUAUCUUCUAUUUUAAGGGAUGGCAAUUAUACGUUCAUGUUGUUAUGCUGCCCUGUCAGUAAUUAUAAAUUGAUUGUAUAUACCUGUAAUGGAUUGAAUGAUUCUUGUGGUCUGGUUAGUUUGAGAACCUAUGGCAUUCCUGAGGCUCAUUAUUGACUUUUACAAGUGCAAAAGCUUACACGUGCAAUAUAAUAAUGGUGGAACGGACAAAGGGUGGAUAUGUAUUUAGUGGAGCCCCAGCAUCUUAUUCUUUAUUGUGUGUAUCCAUAACUUGUGUAAAUUGGAAAAUACCUAAAAAUAAUCUGUCGUUUAUUUCCCUGAAGUGAAAUUGACUCCACCCACCACCUAUUAACCGAUUCAGUAGCAGCAUUACCAGCAGAUUCUUUGGUGCAGAACAAGACAAACAUAAUCUAUCAGGUAUUUUAUAUUAAAGAAAAUUGUCUGUUUGUGUUGGGGUGUUUUAUUUGUAUGAUCAGCUUCAAAGCCUAACAAGCAUAAAUAGGAAAAUUUAGUUCUGGCAAACCAUGCCUCUAGAAACCAUACUUUAUAGAGAUUAUGCUCACACAUUAAUCUCCUUCACAUCACAGAACAUACUAAUUCACAUCUCAUGUUUUCUCUGGUGCAUGUACAAAAGUAUGUCUGGUACUACAUUCACUUCAAUGAAGAUGAACAUAUAGGAAAUAUACCAGUAUAACAUGUCCCACCCUCAACCACCUUCACUUCACUCAUAUACACACAAGAGUGCUGGAUCACUGUCUUUAUCACUUGACCUUUAUGAAAUGUAAAUUCACUGGAUCAGUUUAUUAUAUUAACAAAAUUAGCAGUCACAGAUGAAAUCAAGUCAUUCUGGACUUGGGUUGCUGUGAUUUGGACCACUGGCAAGAAAAUUUGUAUGAUUAUGCAAUGUUAUGUUUUUAUACAUUUGUUUCUUCUGAAGGAAAAAAAAAAUAUGAACAUUUCCAUAAAACAGGAAAGUUUGAUCUUUUAAAAUUAAGUAAAAUAUUAAAAAGAGUAUACAAAGUGGUGGUUGAGAGUAAUCCUUUUGAUGUGCAUCAUGGGCAGGGGCUGUUUCAUUUCCUGAAAAUAGAUAAAAUGUAGUUGUUAGUGGUUAAUACUGGAUGUCACUGUAGUGUAUUUCCGACUUGGGAAUCUAAUACCCACAACCCUGAGUGUUGUCCUCUUGCAAGACUUGAAAAAAGCUGUAACCUAAAGUCCACAUCUUAAAGAAAACAAAGAGAAAUUGAGUUGUGUGAUAUAUACAGGAAAAACAAUCCGUCAUAAAAGAUUGACUAUUCUAUUGCCUGAUAUAAUAUGUUACUUCUUUCACAUCCUAACACUAUGUCAUUGGUUUGUUUUUACAGUGAAUGUGUCUUGAAAGGUUAGUGUUAAAGUUAAACACUGCACAGCUGUAAUAACUUAAAUAAUUUUGGCUUGAAAAUAGAAGUAAUGGAGGAAAAAAGUUUAGCAGUGGAAUUUAACCUUGUUUUGAAGAUACUUUGAUUGUAAAUUGUUGAUGUAAAUACUAUAGAAUAAUUGACAAAAGUAGUUUUAUUAGAUCAUUAUUAAUGUAUUUAUGUUUAUGAACUUGCGCUGUUAUUACUGUACAGUAUGAGAUUCCAUAUCUGACAUGCUUCUGACCUAUGAUUUUAUGGACAAUAUAUUUUUCUGAGCUUCAAAGUCUUGGCCAAAAAAAAAUUAUGUAAAUACAAGAAAACAAGAAAGCUCCUCAUCAUCAGAAUGGAGGAAUGUGGUGUUUCAUUGCCAUUAAUGAUACAUAAUGGUCAAGUACCUCUAAUAGUACAGUCUACUCCCCAAAUAUGUACUACUUGAAUGAGACCUUGUAAUAAGAGCUUUUAUCCACCAGAUAUAUGAACCAAAAACAUCAGUCACUCACACCCUUAAUUAGUGUUACUGUUUAUUUUCCUGACUUAUGAUUGUAAGCCAUCAAGCAGCUCAUAUUAAGCCUUACAAUUAUCACCAAAAAGACAUCACAAAGUGCAAGACACCAGAAUGUGAUGCAGGAUAACUUGCCAUUAUUGUGGAAGUUUUACCUUAUUAGAAUACUAGGUUUACUAUUAUGUAGUCUCAUUUUUUAAUUAAUAUUAUGUGUAGGCCUUGAAUUCAAGUAGCAUUGUUCAUUCACCUGCAAUGUGGAAGACAGUAAGGAUGGUGCAAUACUAGAUGUGGCAUUUGCUCAACUACAUUUUAGCACUCACUGUUUGUCACAGAAUUUUAACAUUACUGUAUUCUUCAAAGGAAUAUUUUUUUACUUUAAAAUCAUUAAUAUAUAUCAUGAACAGUAGUGCUUAUAAUGUGGAUGAAAACAAAGUGCCAUGAACCUGUAUGACAACUUAACAUUUGAUAUUCUCAGAGAAAAGGAAGAAAUACCUUUUCCUUACAAAAUCCAAAGAGAACAUUGCUGAAUAAUAUAUGAAACGACCUACUAUAUCAUGGAAUGGAGGGGUUCAUUACUUGUGUAUGACAACACAUUUCUGAUUGGCAGAUAAGCAAUGCUCAUUAGUGCUUUGUGGCUGAGACCAACUUUUGGUGGCCUAGGAGAGGAAGGGUAUGGCAUGACAAAAUAAGCAAAAAAUGUUUACCUUACUAUUGGACUUGCUACCACUAUCUGUUAACACUGUUGUGCUUCAUUAUAGUACUCAUUGUGAAAAUAGUAUGUGGCUACCAACUGAGAAAGAUUGAAGCCAAUAAAAGUGGUCUAGUAACUUGCCAUCCAUUGAUUAGUGAUACUAUUGAGGAAGCACAAUAAAAAGUGACAUCUUACAAAGGAGGCAAAAAUUUUCCAAAUACCAUUUGUGGUAUCUUUAAUCAACAACAAAAAGGCUGAAUUUGAUCAGCCAAUACCCUUCUGUCAUGCUACCUUGCCAUAUGUAUAUAUUCAUAAUAAACUAAAGGUAGACAUCAAGGCAGUCUUUGGCAGUACAAUGUGAUUUUAUGAGUUAACAAUGCUACUUUCUCUGUCACUGCAAAAGAAAGCAAUAUGUUUAUUGUCAUUAAGAAACUUGUACAGGUCCCUGGCAGCUAGGUUGAAAUAUUUCCUGCAUAAUCAAUAAUUUGUUUUGCUUGAUAUAAUUUCUUAAUAAAUAUUCAGUUACAGUG